AUUUAUUUUCUAAGCAAAGUGCCGCAGAGAUAGUUUUGGAAUGACUUUAUUACUAGAUAUAAGAGAUGGUAUAUGAAAUUUAGUAUCGGACUGUUAACUAGUUGCUUUUUGGGAUUAAUGAUCAUUUACUUUCUUCCGUUUAUGCAAAUGACUCGGGUGAUUUAAACACACAUUGUUUUAUUGACGAGUAAGUGUAAACAAAUUUAAUUGUAACGUAUUGUUUAUUCUAGGUUAAACGUUUACCACGGAGAUGAGGAAUAUAUAGCUCUUUAUUGAAAGGAGUGUGUCUUGUCCAGAAGAAAUUUGCGGUUUGAUAUAUAUAGGGACUUAAACACCAAUCGUUUGACCUUUGAUGAAUGUGUAUAUUUCGUAUAUAUAGAUGGUUAAAAACGACAUUAAAACGACAAACUGAUGGUUGUUUUACGGCGUAGUGAUUAGACUUCACAAGACGGCGUAGUGUUUGAAAGUGUGGUACAUGACGAGUUGUUUUCUAGCAACUCAUUUCUCGCUACAAAAUCUUAAGACUCGAGCGAAGCGUUCUCUGGGAGGCUGGAAUAAUUUAUUACCUAUCUCUACCACAGUAUUUUACUGGCUCGUGAAACAAACUGGCUCCAGGAGACUUGAACUAUUCGAGCGCAGUUAUUUGUAGUUUAUAGCAUACAAGUUGUGUAAUUUGCUUUAAGUAUAAGUGUCUGAAUUCGUUCUUAAGUUGGAACUUUGCUUUGAAAACGGAUUUUAUGUUUCAUCAGGAAAAAUCAGAUCAAUUUACAUUCAAUUUUCACGGACCUAAUUGUUUGAUAAAACGUCAGAAUUCACGGCGUUUUAGAUAAUUUUAAUUGAAAAACAUUUAUCUCUCUUUGAUGAUUUUCUAAUUGAGAUAUCCGAAACAAGAAACACAGAAGAGAUUUCAAUAUUUAAUUAAUGGUUCUCUAUUAAGCAUGACCGCUAUGAAUCCAUACGCGUUCCGUGGGUGGCACUUGCCGUCGUAUGCCGACGGCGCGGCGAAUUACGAGAGAAACUAUCAUAUGUACGGAUCUUUACCGUCUGGAUAUUUUCCGUCAUCGUCGGUAUACCCUUUCAAUCCGGAGAAUAAUAAACAGCAUAAUGGGGAUUGGAAAUUACAGAGUUCGUCCGUGUGUUCAACAUCUUCCGACGGGUCGCCAAAUAACUUACGGGAUCAGAGUUUACCGAAGCCCGGCGGCUAUGACAGUAUAUACAAGCCAAAUACAUGUAGAAAUGCGGACAGUACGGACGAACAUCAGCGUUCAUGUUGUGCUUUGUCGUGUUCGUGCAGCAGUUCACAGCAGAGACUGCCCAUGCUGAAUAAUUCCUGGGCCGGAGCCGAUUUGAGCGGGGCCCUGGACUUCAACAAAACAACCAUGGCAAUGUCAUCAAUGACACCGUAUCAGUCACUCUGUAACAGAGGUGAUAUGCAGAAUGCGAUCCAUUUACCCUCAACAACUUUAGCGCCGACGGCCGUGACCUUGAGAAAACGUCGUCGUCCGUACUCUAAAUUUCAAAUCGCAGAACUUGAGCGGGAAUAUAACAGUUCUACCUAUAUAUCGAAAUCAAGGAGAUGGGAGCUUUCCCAACUUAUAAAUUUAUCUGAAAGACAGAUUAAAAUCUGGUUUCAAAACCGGAGGAUAAAAGCGAAAAAAAUCAGCAAACAUGAUGGUGAUUCGGAUAAGAACGAUAGUCCGGAUGUUCCUGACAUGGGAAUGCACAUGAGCCAAUGAGAAACGAGUUAGCUAGUAACUGCUGAAUUAUUUUAUGAAAUAUAUUUUGAUUGAGUGUAAAUAUGAGAAUUAUUUAAGAAUAAGUUCUCAUGAAUGACUGUUAUAUACUGAAAUGAUAUGAUCUUCAAACAGUGUCGGACAUACUUACAAAGCCUGUGCUGAUCACGUGAUCCAUAUUACACUCAUUUAAACGCCCUCAGCAAACAUAAAAGGGCUUUUAUAACAUUGGCUCUAUAUAUGGAGCGCUUAAAUCAUAACAAAUGCCAAAUGUGUUUUUGUUGUGAAACCAGAUUUAAACUUAUUCACUCAAUGUCAAAAUCAAGGAGAUGCGUUUAUGGUGCAUAAAACAUAAAAUGUUUCCAGUUCACCCGACAGUCUUGUCUGGUCCCGAUAUAACAAGCACAUGGUCUAUUUGCAAAUGCAAUUUUGCAAUGAAUUUAACUGCCUACGUAAGAGGGUGCUGUGAUUAGGGGCACGAGAUGAAAUAAUAUAUAUCAAAUAAUGAAAACAAAUAAUACACGUCAUGCAACGGAGGAC